UGCGAAGUGAAACUUGCUGAUCUCAUCUCACUAUAUAUAAACAGCCAGGGGAGCGGUGGUCUCUAGCGUCACUUCCCCAGGCCCUCUGUAACGGAAAGCAGCGUUUUUAGCUCCACGAUGUCCGGACACGGUCAUGGUCAUGGUCACGGGCACGGCUGCGGUUGCGAGGGGGAACACGAGCCCGCGGAGAGGGGCCUAGAGUACGGACUGUACCGCCGGAUCGACCUGGAGAAGCUGCAGUGUCUGAACGAGAGCAGGGACGGAGAUGGAAAGCUGGUGUUCAAACCAUGGGAUCGGCGAAACGAGCGGGACAAGUUUGUCGAGAGCGAUGCAGAUGAAGAGUUGCUGUUCAACAUCCCUUUUACAGGCAGCGUGAAGCUGAAAGGCAUCAUCAUUUCUGGAGAAGACGACGACUCUCAUCCAGCUGAGGUUCGACUGUACAAAAACAUCCCUCAGAUGUCCUUCGACGCCACCGGCAGAGAACCUGAACAAGCCUUCAGACUCAACAGAGACCCUGUUGCUGAGCUGGAGUACCCAACAAAGAUCGCUCGGUUUUCCAAUGUUCAGCAUCUCUCCAUCCACAUCUCAAAGAACUUUGGAGCAGAGAGCACAAGGGUCUACUACAUCGGUCUGAGGGGCGAAUACUCAGAGGCUCACAGACAUGAAGUGACGAUCUGUAACUAUGAGGCGGCGGCAAACCCUGCAGAUCACAAAGUGGAGAGCAUCAUCCCGCAAACCAACUUCAUUUCCUGAAAGCUUCGGAGAGUCAUGAGGAGGAAGAGAGGGAAGACGAGGAGAGGUUUCAGUGGCGUCUGCUGACUGUCAUUGACACGAGUCAAAAAGUCAAAGAUGAGUUCAACGCUGCGUACUGGCAGGUUGGUCAAGCUCGACCGGGACAGAGCACUGAAGUCUGAAGACCAGAGGGCUUCAGAUGUGUCUGAGAGUGCCAAGUUGUCGCUCUGUUUUCUCUGGCAAUAAAGAGUGAAGGCUUAGUGUGGGCAAAAAGCUUAAUAAUAAAUGCAUGAAACAUUUGACACUCAGAUAAAGUCUGUUUGUUGUCAGUUUAAUCUGUAUACUCUGAUUCAUCAAGACAUUCAUCACUUCAAUAAAGUGACAGCUGCUCUUAAAUAAAACAGUGAAGGCUGGAAAUUAAACCAAACAAUGGUAGUGUUUGAUUCAUUAAAUGACUUUUGUUGUCAUGUUUACACUCUGGAUCCAUAAUCGGCUCCACAUAAUGAUUUUUAGGUAUAAAACAUGUAAACAAACUUCAAUAGUUUCAAACAUCUGCAGAAAAAACACUCCUAUCUAGAGUCAGCAGCCACUCUGGAUACAUGAGCACCUUUUUAGAUGGCAAAAAUUCAUAUAAUGUCUACACAACUACAUUAUUUGCCUUUUGUAAAACCAACACAUUGUCCAUUAACCAUUGUUGGAUAUUUUCUGCCACCUAGUGGAUUAUUUUGUGACUGUUUACCUGUCUGAGCAGUAACUGAGAUGGGCCCAGAUAGCAAAAUAAAUCCAGCCCAUACUGGGAUCACAUGCUUGUUUUCUUCUGGCUCAGUAUAUGCCUGGUUUUACGGCCCCAGUGUGGCCCAUGUACAGCAUGAUUUUCAGCUGCUAAUUCCACAUCUGGGCCAAUUCUGGCACACACACAGAAAAUCUUGCAGCUGUGACUCAAUCUAAGAGCGUAACAGCCAGAAUCUGCCCAGA